AUGGAAGGUCCUACAAUCAGAUGGAUAAGCUCUGCUACUGGUGCAGACGGAGCUGAAGACAGAAUGUGGAGGAACGCAAAUAUCGACAUCACCAAUCUGAACCAGGCACUGGAAAUCCUAGGACAGGUCGAUCAACCAGCGGAGGCAGGUGAAGCUCAACGGAUAAUGAAUCUGUACAACAGGCAAAAUGUUAUACCCGAUCCCGACGAUCUGCAGUACUCCCUCCUACAGUAUUGUACCGCCGUGUGCAAUAUUCCAGCAGGGGGUCUCAUCACAUUCCAGCGCAAGAAGACAGGCCAUAUGUCCACUGAUGAUGGCGAGACGCUGACGUGCUAUCAUGACCCGAAGACCGAUAAAUGGAACGUACUGGUAUCCGGAGGUGAGAUCGAGGACAAGCUGAAUCAAUUCACGAACGAAGAUCGCGCGAACACGCGUUUCCGAUUCAUCAUCAACUUCAAUAACGUCGGAUGGAAGCACGAGUACGCCACUCAAGGCUGGAUGGAAGUAGCCGCGCAUGAAUUGUGCUGCCAUGUCGUGCCGACUCUGAUACUCAUCGCCCGCUGGCGUGCCGGACAAAACGUGAUCUGGUCCUCUAUGAACGAUCUGGACCACUACGACUUCAUGUAUCGUGGCUCUCGGCGAUAUCUCCUAUGGCUAUCACGUCUGGAUGCCAUGCAACCUAGCUUCCCUUACAGCCAACUUUGGUGGGAUGCAUCAAUCCCUAUCAACGGCGAGAUUCUGAAGUACAAUGGCAACAAGGUCUGGGCUGAGAAACGAGGAAAUGAUCAAGUUCUUGGUGUGCGCGACUUUCUCAGGGCCUGCGAUCCGGACACGGAUGCAAGAUUGAUGCUCAAUCGUGCUCAAGGCAUAAGAGACGUGCUGACACCUCAACCACCCGGCCUACAUUGGACUCUUAAAAGUGGCGCGGACAGUAAUUCGAGUACUGACCUACAGGUCGACAAGGCGCAAAGCAGAGAUUUAUUGAACAGUCUUCACAGCGAAUUAUCAAAGUUUGGAGUAUUGGACAUUAAUGACAAACCAAGCGGCACGCAUGCAGCGUUUUGGUGGUUUCCAAAACCAAACUAA